GUGACCGACGUGACCGUUGUAUCGCCUGCAGUCUGUUUCAUUUAGAGAGAGAAAAGCCAUACUCUAGUUGAUUUAAAACCUUAAAGAGUAAACUGUCUAUACUGAAGAAACCGGAGAAGAUAAAGCGGAUUUCUCCGUCGGAUUCGAUAUGCAGCAGACUGUGGUCAUUUUUUUGCUGGCGUUCUCCACAGCCACCCAGGCUCUGGACAAUGGGGUGAUGAGAACCCCACCUAUGGGCUGGCUGGCAUGGGAACGGUACCGCUGUGACAUUGACUGUGACAAUGAUCCUCAAAACUGCAUUAGUGAGGUGCUGUUCAAGGACAUGGCGGACCGACUGGCUGAGGAUGGCUGGAGAGAGCUCGGAUAUGUCUAUAUCAAUAUUGAUGACUGCUGGGCAUUGAAGAGUAGAGAUGCACAAGGACGACUGCAGGCAGAUCCAAAAAGGUUCCCAAGUGGCAUUGCUAAACUGGCACGCUAUGUCCAUGACCGAGGGCUGAAGCUGGGCAUUUAUGGUGACUUGGGAACUUACACUUGUGCAGGAUACCCCGGCACAACCCUGGAUAAAAUUGAGACCGAUGCUCAGACCUUUGCUGAAUGGGAAGUUGACAUGCUUAAACUGGAUGGCUGCUACUCCAACUCUACUGAACAGGAGCAGGGCUACCCACGUAUGUCGAAAGCGCUUAAUGCCACCGGUCGUCAGAUCGGCUAUUCCUGCAGUUGGCCUGCUUAUCAGGGUGGGCUUCCUCCUAAAAUAAAUUACACUCUGCUUGGUGAGAUCUGUAACCUGUGGCGUAAUUAUGGUGAUAUUGAGGACUCAUGGGACAGCAUCCUGAACAUUGUGGACUGGUUUACAAAAAACCAGGAUAUCCUGCAGCCUGCUGCUGGACCAGGGCGCUGGAAUGACCCUGACAUGUUGGUGAUUGGAGAUUUUGGCCUGAGCAUGGACCAGUCUCGUUCACAGAUGGCUUUGUGGGCAAUCAUGGCAGCUCCUCUUUUUAUGUCUAAUGACCUGCGAACCCUAAACAGUGGGGCGCGUGCUAUUCUGCAGAACAAAGCUGUCAUCUCCAUCAACCAGGACCCCUUGGGCAUCCAAGGACGACGCCUGAUAAAGGAGGCAAAUCAAAUAGAGGUGUUCUGGCGUCCUUUGUCUAACAAAGCAAGUGCCUUGGUGUUCUUCAGCAGAAGAACUGAUAUGCCGUUUCGCUAUCGGACAUCUCUGAAGUUGCUCGACUACACACCUGGCAGCUAUCAGGUGUACGACGUGUUCAUGGAGAAGGCCAUGCCUGCACUGAAGGACACCACUGAGUUUGUCGUCUCCAUCAAUCCCUCAGGAGUGGUCAUGUGGUAUGUUGUUCCAUUAGCAGAGUGGCAGCAGCCCAACUUCCAUCAAGUCAAUAGAAAAUCUGAUUCUUUCAUUGUGUAAAAAAAAUCUCUUUACAUUUUUUUAAAGCAGUUCAGGCUAAAUGACAGAAUGAUUACUUAAAUGUAUUAGAAAAGCUCUUUGUUGACAAUUAAUGGGGAACAGGGAAAAACACAUUUUGUAUAAAAGACAUUGACCAAUGGGCCACGCCGUGUGACAGAAACGAUGCAGUAAACAGAAACCAGCCUUCAUUCAACAGUCACUGCUGACCAGGAUACAGAAACUGGAUAAAUUAACAACUUUAUCCCAGUCAAGAUCUCGAUGCGCACCGCAAUGGUACACAAUGGAUACUUGUUUUGGUUCAGUUAAUUAUUUAAACCAGUUUAUUUUUUUUAAACCUUAUUUUUGUUUUAUAAUCAUUUUAUUCAGCUCCCAAGAACACAUGGUUCACUUUGUAUGCUCAUCUCCAAGUUCUAAGCAAAUUACAUGUAUGCUCUCUUAGAUAGUGGUGCUUUUAAUAAUCUUUCACUUAACACUCAGGGAUAUUGGGACUAGUUUACAAUCAACACUUUUGCAAUGAUCAUCUGAACUGGAGUGAAUUUGAAUAUUGUGAUUUUGUAUUUUUUUAGUACGUGAUUGUGAUGACUUGCUGACUUUUUCUCCUUGUUUAAGUGACCUAAUGUCUCAGCACUCAUGAUGUAAAUGGGUGUAUUUGGAAAUCAUAAUUUUGUAUGUUUUUAAUUAAAUCUCUGAUCUUCUCACA